AUGUCCGACCGCGCAAAGGAAGCCCUCCGCGCCGAAUCCUCCAACCUCCGCGCCGCCGCCCAAGACGUCCUCGUCUCCGGCGCAUACAUCUACCCAUUCAAAGGAAUCCUCCACUUCACCACCCACCCACCCCUCUACAAGCCGCUCACAAAACGCCUAUCGCAGACCCUCCUCGCCGGAAUCUCCAUCACAACCGCCCUCUUCUUCUUCACCUACGUCCCGCAAACCGCGCUGCUAAGCUUCACGGCGGGCCCCUUCUUCGCCCCCAUCGCCGCCUUCUUCCUCGUCCUCUCCGAAGCCUCAGCCGUAACGCACUUCGUUGCGCGCGCCUGGAUUAUCCGCGAUGCACUGGUCGAUGUCUUUGAUGCUGUGCUCCUUGAGCGGGGCUGUGAGGGGCUCGUGCAGAACGGCCGCGAACUAAAGCGCGGGAAUGGAGGCGGGGUUAUGGCGCGGCUGGGGAAGAUGGUGAGGAAACCGUUUGGCGAUGGGGAUGGGAAUGGGGUGCUGCGCGGCAUGCUCCGGAGUCUGCUCAUGCUCCCGCUGAAUUUCAUCCCUGUUGUUGGGACCGUGCUGUUUGUUUAUGUUUCGGGGAAGAAGGUUGGUCCGGGGUUGCAUGAGAGGUAUUUCCAGCUUAGGGGGUUGAGGGGGCAGGAGAGGGGGGAGUUUGUGGAGAGGAGGAGGGGCGCGUAUACUGGACUUGGGAUGGCAUCGGUGCUGCUGGAGAUGGUGCCCUUUGCGUCGAUGGUGUUUGAGUUUACGAAUGCGGUGGGCGCGGCGCUGUGGGCGGCUGAUUUGGAGAAGGCUGAGAAGUAA